AUGGAGGGGCACCGGGAGUUCGUCGCCUUCCUCCUGGACCGCCUCAAGACGUUCGUCCAGGAGGAGGCCGCCUUCGCCGCUAGCAGCGGUUCAUCGGCGGCGGUGGCGGAGGAGGAGCAGCGGUUCAUCGACGCGGAGGCGGAGCACGGGGUGGUGUACCUGAUGGGGGAGGCCACGGUGACGGCAGCGGCGGGGUCGUCGCUGCUGAAACGGGUGGUGGUGAACAGCGUGUACGGCUUCAUACGGAAGAAUCUCCGGGAGAGCCACAAGGCGCUGUCCAUCCUCAAGAACCAGCUGCUCAGGGUCGGCGUCACCUACGAGAUCUGA